AUGAGCAUUGAUGAUAAUAAAGCAAUGAUAGUGGUUUCUGAAUACAUAGUACCUAAUGCUGCUAUAAAAUUGAUUGCAUAUUGCUUGCUGGUGAAUAUUAUUAUACUUACAGUUGGAUCGAUUUUGUUUGUUAUAAUGUUUGGUUAUAAAAAUCCUUCAAAACAAAAUCAUACAUUGGCUACUAAUUCAGGUAUGGUGAUAGAAAAGAUUCGCUUGGAUGGCAAUAAGCUAACGAAAUUUGUAUUGACAGGAAUUUUUUUAGAAAAAGAUUUUCCGUUAAAUUCAACUGUUAUGAAAUCAAUUAACCAGACUGACAUAAUUCGACACUGGAAACACGAGUAUGUCGAGGAGAACAGUAAUUCGAGGUUUUAUUUUAAUCGCAGCGAAAUUUUGCGGUGGAAGAAACCAUUUUGCUAUUUAUGUUUAUACACAACAUUUUGUAUGAUUACUAUGUGUUUAUUUGGAUUAUUAUUACAUCGCUUUGUAAACAAGGAAAAAUGUUUGAAUCAAAAUUAUGAUGAUGUUCAAUCGUUGAUUCCAAAAUUUAACGAUCGUAAUGCUAAAAAUUGUUUUGAAACUCGUUAAUUACCUUAAUUACAUUAAAAAAAAAAUGUCCUAUUUUUCACAUAAAUUGAAAGG